ACUGGUGGUCACAGUAGUGGGACGGCCCAGCCGUGUUGAGCUGCUUGGCUCGUCUCGUUCGCCGCACUCCUCCUGUUUGUGAGUGCAUGAGCCACCACUUCAGCACUUUACAUGACUGGAAAAAUUAAGGUAGAUGCUAAUUUACCGGCUUCGAGGUAGAAGACACGUUUCCCAUCCGAGGAAAGAGGUUGUUUUUAUUGCGGAAGGAGACAGAUUUGGUUUUGCUGCCUUGUCUAGCCAGCGGUAUAGAUCUCUGAUGCCGAGCGCUUAGCUAACAAGCUAACUGGAACUGUUUUCACAGAUAAGCUAGUAUAGUUAGCUUGCUAACAAGCUAGCGAACGUCGGUUUUAGAAAUGUAUUGUCUCGGUUUAUCUGUUGUAAUGUUGGAACCGGUAUUAGAGGCAUUAUAUGAACAAACUGGCGUAAUAUCUCCUAUGAUAUGUUGAAUGUUUUAAAGCUCCUGUACUAGUUUGGCUUAUAAUCUCCAGUGAAACCUUAAGACUGGAGUACAGACAAUAGUUAACAGUCUGGGCAACAAGUCUAGCUCACUCUCCUGCUUCAACUCAAUUAUGUACUCGUAUUUCAUAUUGUCAGUUAAUAUCCGGAUAAGAUAGAAACUAUAGUUCGUGGCAAAAUAACCCUUGUGGCUCAGCAAAGGUGGCGUUACACAAAGAAAAGUAGAGUGCGACUUAGGAUGUCCAGAUUUGAGUCCAUCCGGUAGUUUGGGAAAAGCUGUCAUUUUAUCAGCAGGAAGACGAGGUGGAUGGACAUUAAAAAUCGCCCACAUGCGUUGGAUCAGCUCCCGGACUUGUGAAAGGCAACUGAAGCAGGAGGAGGGAGACGAAAGCUCGCAGCCCUUGCAGCCCGGGGGAAGAUGGCGGAGCUCUCCCACAGGAGGUGGUGAGACCCAAACUUCGCAACUUGUCGGAUUCACAGACGCGCACCUUAUUUCCGAUCGCCGGACACAUGCAGGCCAAAAAACGAUACUUAAUCCUAUUCUCCGCCGGCGCCUGUCUCAUUCUGCUGUUGUGUUUCGGGGGGAUACAAGUCCCGCUGUCCCGACGGGGUCCCAGCCGGCGUGAUGACCGCAGCCUCGCCGGUUAUCACCCCGGGGCGCGGUGGCGGCGCCUCCAGGGAUACCUGCAGUCUUUCAGCACCUUUGAGAAGGAUCGGAGCGAUGACCUCAGCGAACACAUAUCUCCUAGGCAAAAGAGGGACACCAACUCAUUCCUGUACACUGGAAAACGAUGCAGAAUGGAGUCCUGCUUUGACUUCUCUCUGUGUGAGAGGAACGGAUUUAAGGUUUACGUGUAUCCGCAGCAGAAAGGAGAAAAGAUCUCGGAGAGCUAUCAAAACAUUCUGACCUCCAUCGAGGGCUCCAGGUUUUACACGCCAGACCCAGCACAGGCCUGCCUGUUUGUCCUGAGCUUGGACACUCUGGAUCGGGACCAGCUUUCACCUCAGUACGUGCACAACCUGAAGGCGAAAAUCCAAAGCCUUCCUCUCUGGAACGAGGGCAAAAACCACAUAAUCUUCAAUUUAUAUUCCGGCACAUGGCCAGAUUACACAGAAGAUCUCGGCUUUGACAUUGGCUUUGCCAUGCUGGCCAAAGCCAGCAUAAGUACGGAAAACUUCAGGCCUCAAUUUGAUGUUUCUAUCCCCCUGUUUUCGAAGGAGCACCCCAGGACAGGUGGAGAGAGGGGCUAUUUGAGACAUAACACAAUCCCCCCUUACAGGAAGUACGUGCUUGUUUUUAAGGGGAAGAGGUACCUGACUGGAAUAGGGUCAGACACAAGGAAUGCUUUAUACCAUGUGCAUAACUCACAGGACGUGGUCCUCCUCACCACCUGUAAGCACGGGAAGGACUGGCAGAAGCACAAGGAUGCACGCUGCGAUAAGGACAACGCAGAGUACGACAAGUAUGACUACAGAGAGAUGCUGUACAACUCCACCUUCUGUCUGGUUCCUCGGGGUCGAAGGCUGGGCUCCUUUCGUUUCUUAGAGGCUCUGCAGGCAGCUUGUGUGCCAGUGAUGCUCAGCAACGGCUGGGAGCUUCCCUUCUCAGAAAUCAUCGACUGGAACACGGCAGCUGUGAUUGGGGAUGAAAGACUACUGUUGCAGAUCCCUUCGACAGUACGCUCCAUCCACCAGGAUAAGAUUCUGUCUCUGAGACAGCAGACGCAGCUCCUGUGGGAGGCUUACUUCAAUUCUGUGGAGAAGAUAGUGCUGACCACGCUGGAGAUUAUCCAGGACCGCGUUCUGGAGCACAACUCCAGAAGUAGCCUGAUGUGGAACAGCCUUCCUGGUGGGCUCUUCACUCUGCCUCGCUACUCCACUCACCUGGGGGAUUUCCCCUUCUUCUACGCUAAGCUGGGUAUCAAGCCGUACCCGAAGUUUACAGCAAUCAUUCAUGUGGUCACCCCACUGGUCUCCCAGUCCCAGCCAGUGAUGAAGCUGCUUGUUGCCGUUGCCAAAUCCCAGUACUGUGCUCAGGUGAUCGUUCUUUGGAACUGCGACAAGCCUCUUCCUGCCAAACACCGCUGGCCCGCCACCUCGGUCCCGUUUAUUGUCAUAGAAGGAGAAAGCAAGGUGAUAAGCAGUCGCUUCCUUCCCUACGACACCAUCCCCACAGACGCUGUCCUCAGUCUGGAUGAAGACACUGUGCUGUCCACCACAGAGGUGGACUUUGCCUUCACGGUGUGGCAGAGUUUCCCCGACCGCAUCGUCGGCUACCCGGCCCGCAGCCACUUCUGGGACAGCAGCAAGGAACGCUGGGGCUACACCUCCAAGUGGACCAACGACUACUCCAUGGUGCUGACCGGGGCCGCCAUCUACCACAAAUAUUAUCACUACUUGUACACCACCUACCUUCCAGCCAGCCUGAGGACAAUGGUUGACCAGAUGUCGAACUGCGAAGACAUUCUUAUGAAUUUCCUCGUGUCAUCCGUUACUAAGCUACCCCCCAUUAAGGUCACGCAGAAGAAACAAUACAAGGAAACCAUGAUGGGACAGAGCUCCAGAGCGUCCCGUUGGGCUGACCCAGACCAUUUCGCCCAGCGUCAGACCUGCAUGAACAAGUUUGCCAACUGGUUUGGCACCAUGCCUCUGGUCCACUCUCAGAUGAGGCUGGACCCGGUCCUCUUCAAAGACCAGGUGUCGAUACUGAGGAAGAAAUACAGAGAAAUCGAGAGGCUAUAACCCCCGCCGAGCCCCCCCCUCCCCCAGCUCCCUGUGCUCUGCGGACACAACAGAUGAGGAGCGAUGGGGUGGGGGUGGGGGCGGCUGACUUGAAGAAAAGAGCAGACGAUCGUUUAGAGCUGGUUCCAGGGAAACGGGAAGUGAAGAAACUGGAACCAACGUGAAGGACGCCACAUUUUUUUCCCCCUGUCUUCUUUGUUGUCCUUCUCUGUCUCUCCUUUCAACUACUGCUGCUGUCUUGUGUGUGUCGUUCAGGCGGCUGAACUCAUAACAUCACUAACUACCUGAACAGGUAAAUCUGCUCACCAUUGGUCACCGAGUCAGAAAAUUACAGCUUGCUGCAUAAAAGUCCCCAACAUCGACAAACCCAGUGCAAGUGACACUGUGUGUGUCUGUAAACUAUGCACGUUUGUGAACGUUUUUUGCUGACGGGAUAUUAACUACGAAGAUGAUAACACUAUUUCGGAUCGUAUUCAACUAUUUUUUUAUACGGUGACACUCUCUCUCUGUCUCUCUCUUUCUUUCUCUCUCUCCUGUUUCUUUUCAUUUUUUCCUCUGUUGUCUUAAACAAGGAUAGACAAAGAAAAGUUUGAAAUCCUCCUCAGAGCCCCAGACCAGCUGGUGAUUGUUGAUCUGACAGUGCCUCAGCAUUUAUCAAAAGAUUUAGUGGAUCUGGGAAUCUGACAGAUAGAAGACCAGGUGCAGAUUUUGCACCUCGAUAACCCUACUUU